ACGCACUCUGCGGCCACUGACCGAUCGGGGGAAACAUGGCGGAUGCGAAGCCCAAGACCUCCCCGAAGGCCAUCAAGUUCCUGUUCGGGGGGCUGGCUGGGGUUGCAUUCCCACCAUGGCUCGAGCGGUGGUCGUGAACGCUGCUCAGCUGGCCUCGUACUCUCAGUCCAAACAGGCGCUGCUCGAUUCAGGUGCCCAACACACGUUACUUUAG